AUGCCCUCCCGGAGCUCCCUGGCCAUGGCCGCAGGCUCCGCUGCCGGCUCUCGGCGUCCAGCGCUGCCGGGGGCCAGGCCGCGCUGCGCCUUUCCCGCCCGUGGCCGCCAGGGGGCAGCGCAAGUGCUGCGCGGCCUCGGGGCAGCUCGGAGGGGAAGCGCCAAGAUGGCUGCGAGGUGGCUCUGCGCGGCGGCGGGGCUGGGCGGCCGGUUCUGUCAUGCAGCAUUGAAAAGUCACAACCUGAGAUCUCAAGAGGCCUUCCACCACCUUGUGCAGAAGAAAUCAUUUCCUCCACCUGCAGGGUGGCAGAAUGCAGUCAGAAGCAUGUUUAUCCAAACCCAGGACACACCAAAUCCAAACAGUCUGAAGUUUAUUCCAGGGAAGGAAGUGCUGGAGUCGAGGACAAUGGAGUUUGCCACACCAGCUGCAGCCUUCUGCUCACCUUUAGCAAGACAGUUAUUCCGAAUUGAAGGAGUUAAAAGUGUCUUCUUUGGACCAGACUUCAUCACAAUCACCAAGGAGAGUGAAGACCUGGACUGGAACUUACUGAAGCCAGAUAUUUAUGCAGCUAUAAUGGAUUUCUUUGCCUCUGGCUUGCCCAUAGUCACUGAUGAGGCACUCAGGACAGACACAGCUGCCUCAGAAGAAGAUGAUGAAGUUGUGCUGAUGAUUAAAGAGCUGCUGGAUACAAGGAUCAGGCCAACAGUGCAAGAGGAUGGUGGAGAUGUUAUCUACAAGGGCUUUGAGGAUGGCAUCGUGCAGCUGAAGCUGCAGGGCUCCUGCACCAGCUGCCCCAGCUCCAUCAUCACCCUGAAGAAUGGCAUCCAGAACAUGCUGCAGUUCUACAUCCCUGAAGUGGAAGGUGUGGAGCAGGUGGUUGACGACGAUGAUGAUGUGGAGAAGGAAGCAAACCCAACCUGAGCCAAGGGAGCCUUCACCUCUUGGGGUGCCUACCCCAGCUGUGUGCUGAGGAGCCAACCACGUUGGCCUUUGCCUUUGCAGAGCAGUAGCUGAACCCUGUCAACAUCUCUCAGCAGGUUGUCAACUAAUUUAUUAAAUGUCCUGCAUUCAGACCAGGAUCCUCUUCCUCUGCUCUGUGCUGUGGCUGAGGGAAGAA